ACAAGGGGCAUACGUGCAAAUACCCGAAACCUUGGAGGGGUAUGUAUUCUCCGAAGCAGUUAGUUGUCAGCUUCAGAAGAAAGGAUGAUCGAUAAAGGAUGGCUGUCUUUUGAACACACCACCACCACCCAAUCACUCCCGUCUCGCUCUGCACCACUCAAACCUCUUCUUCCUUUCCGGAAACCACACCAGCAGUCCCCGCAGGCUGCAGCUUCCCCGGCCGCCGCGCCCAAGCCCCAGCUGCCUCGAUCGCUCGAGAGCCACAACCACCACUCCACCAGCAGGGCAAAGCUGGAGGAUGGCCGCAGUCGCAGCGAUGAAGGCUCUCGCGGUCGCCGCCUCGCCGGUGUCGGCACGGCAGCCCCGUCGGUACGUCGCAGGUACACACACACACUCUCUGCAUAUCUAUGUCCUCCGCCGGCGGCUGCAGUCGCCGUUCCACGGCGUGUCGGUGCAGUGCCCUGGGCGACCGCGGCGGGCGACGCCCCGGCGGGGGCGGCAGGUGGCGGUGGUGGCGGCGGCGGUCCGGCCGGCGAUCCAGUUCAUCCAGGGCACGGACGAGCAGACGAUCCCGGACGUGCGGCUGACCAAGUCCCGGGACGGCACGAACGGCGUGGCCAUCUUCACGUUCGAGCAGCCGUCGGUGUUCGACUCGUCGGCGGAGCUCGGGGACAUCACGGGCUUCUACAUGAUCGACGACGAGGGCGUGCUGCAGUCCGUGGACGUGAGCGCCAAGUUCGUCAACGGCAAGCCGGCGCGGAUCGAGGCCAAGUACGUCAUGCGCACGCCCCGGGACUGGGACCGCUUCAUGCGCUUCAUGGAGCGGUACUCUCAGGCCAACGGCCUCCAGUUCGUCAAGAACUGACGAGCCGGCUUUGAGAUCGAUUGCCUGCCUGCUGCGCUACGUUCUGCUUGCUUGCUAGUGUUCUUUUUUUUUUUCUUUCCUUUCUCCCCUGUGCUGCGCCCCUGGUGUUGUGAUUGUGACCUGCUGUGUGCUUGUGAGUGAUUUUUUUUUUGUAGAGAAAAGAAAGAAAUAUGGGAGGUUUGUUUUGCUCUGAACGUUCAUAUGCCUGGCAGGAUCGGACUAUUAAUU